AUGAACACCACCGAUGUCGCCGUUGAGGGAUCCAUCUUCCACCUGCCUUUCUUAGCGACCUUCCCCUCUCCCGCCAUUCGUGAAUACAUCCGGAUAUUUGCCCUGGGACUCAUCCUUUCGUUAUUCCGGGACAGCAUUGCGGCCAUACGCGAGCGUAUCCUGUCCAUCUUCUUCCUUACCGCCUCUUUCCGAGAGGACACCGUAGCCUACUCAUGGAUGAUGGUUUGGCUCUCGCAGCAGCCAACGUGGCGCAACGCGCGCAGGGUCGAGGUCACCACUCGUGAUCUCCUUUCAGUCGGCAUCAAAUCAGUAUGGGACCACAGCAGGAAGGAGGACUCCUCGAGCGACAAGAUGUGGCGCAGGAUGACGUUCCUGCCCUCGUUAGGCUUUUCGCAUAUGAUGUGGUAUCAUCGGCAUUUGGUACUCGUGUAUCGGGAAAAGGAAAAUAUUCAGUCAGAGUUCACUCAGAGCCAAAUUGAGACACUCACCAUCCGAAUAUUUACGUUUGAUCAUGCCAUCCUGUCGACCCUCCUUCAGCAGGCCAAAAAUACGUUCGACGCCGUCCACAGCCAGGCCACCUCUGUGUUUAUCUAUGAUACGAUGCCCAUGGGUCGCUGGAAGCAACUUGGCUCAUUCCAAAGGCGACCCUUCGACUCUCUCAUCCUCGAGCCAGGAGUCAAGGAGAGCGUGGUCGAAGACGCUCGUGACUUCCUGAACAGUAGAGAUUGGUACCACCGACGCGGAAUACCAUUCCGUCGCGGAUACCUCCUGUAUGGCGCCCCCGGAUCGGGCAAGAGCAGCUUGAUCCAGUGUGUGGCCGGCGAGCUCGGCCUUGACGUGUACAUUAUCUCCAUCAAAAAGGAAAGGCUGGACGACUCGGGACUUAUGCAGCUCAUGGGCGAGUUGCCCGAGCGAUGCAUAGCGAUAAUGGAGGACAUAGAUGUGGCGUUUAAGCAGGAGCUCACCAGGGAAGCAGGCGAUGGUGAGGGCAAAUCCGAGAAUGACGGGAAGGCGCAGGCCCCCGUGGUAGCGAUUGGCCCUCCGAAGGAUGGCAGCGUCACACUCAGUGGGCUGCUGAACGCGAUAGACGGGGUGGGUGCCCAGGAGGGCCGGAUCCUCUUUGCCACCACGAACAAAUAUCUGGCACUGGACCCUGCGCUGUGUAGACCCGGUCGCAUGGACAGACAUAUUGAGUUCAAACACGCCAGUCGGUAUCAGGCGAGGGAGCUCUUCAGAACGUUCUAUGCGCCCGGAGAUGACGCUCCGAUGAACCCAAACGGUAGCCUUAUGCACGAUUUCAAGACAUCUGACUCAAAGCAUGAAGUAUCUGACCUUGCGUCGCAAUUUGCGGACGCUGUUCCAGAUGAAAGUUUUUCGAUGGCCAGCCUGCAAGGGUAUUUGAUGAUGUAUAAGACAUCUCACCAGGAGGCGGCCACGAACAUUGCAGACUGGGUUGUGAAAGAGACAGAGGCGCAAGCCAAAAAGAGUGGAAAGAUUUGA